CACGAAACGAGCAUCGUUUUUUCACUCUCUCUCUCUCUCUCUCUCUCUCUCAAAUAAACUCCAAUAUUUCACGCAUUCAAACAGGGUGUCACGGAGAACUUGUUCAAAUCAAAGCACUCAGACCAGGGUUCAAUAAUGUCUCUGAAAUUGGACGGAAUAGACCUGAACUCGGAAGUUUCCGUUGAACGGGACAACGAGGUCUAUGGGGUUAAUGCAUCAGAAUUAGCACUCACUCCCAACGUUUCUGUGACUGAAACCCUAACGGAGCGUCCUGGGGUGGAUGGGUGUUCGGUCGAAGGAGUGAGUGGUGGUAUUAGGGUUUCAAGGGAAGUGAAGGGCUCGGUGGAGGCAUUCCAUGCGGUUGAUCGGAGUUUGAUCCGCGAAGGAAUAGUUAGUGGAUUGGUUGGUGAGGGUUUUGAGGGAAGAAAUGAAUCUGUAGAUAAAGAGAACGAUUGGGAAUCGGAUAGAGGGAAUGAUGGGAAAGGGGCUGAUGCUUUGCUGAUGCCGGUUACUGGUGUUCCAGAGUGUGAAGGAGCUAUUGCCAAGGGCAAAAUUGCUGAAGAUGAUAAUGGGGUUGUUUUGGGUUUGAAGAAUGAUGCUAGGAGUAAUGAUGCUGCUUGUGAGAAUUUAUUGUGUUCCCAGAAAAACGGAGUCAACGAGAAUUUUAGUACAUUUUUGGUGGAACCAGUUGUAGAUAGACGUGGGGAGAAUAUUUCAGCAAGAGCUGACGAAGCUAAAGUAGCUGAUACUGGUGAUUCGUUGUAUAAAGGAGAUGAAAAUGUGACAGCUUAUGGUUCAGUUGCUGUUGAUGAAUUAUUGUCAAUUCUAGAAAUGCAAACCAACACACGGAUUGAUACAGAUGAGAAUCAAGUUAUUGGAAUUCGUGAUUCUGAAGCAAAAGUUUUCCAGCAUACUGUAGAUCAGUCUGAUACAAUCGGCCUUUUAGAUUUAAAUUUGCAGAUCGAUGGGGAUGGGAACCAGAAAUCCGGAAACGUGAUCAGCAAGGAAAGAACUAAGUUUAAUGAGUUUUCAGGUGACGUUGAUAUACCUUUUUCGGCUUGCUCAGCAGAUGAACUAAGUUUAAAUGAUGGGGUUGGUUUAAAUGAAAACCAAGAUGUAGUAAAUACAGAACACGUGACAGAUGUUGAACAGCUGCAAGACAUUGAGAAGAAAAAUGAUAGACCCGCUGAUUUGAAAUCAGAGUUUUACAGGAAAGGGUGUCGAACUGAAAAAGAAGGUGAAUUUUAUGCGUCUGAUCUUGUGUGGGGCAAGGUACGAAGCCAUCCUUGGUGGCCUGGGCAGAUUUUCGAUCCUUCAGAUUCAUCAGAAAAGGCAAGGAAAUACCACAAGAAGGAUGGUUUUCUGAUAGCUUAUUUUGGGGACCAGACAUUUGCUUGGAAUGAAGCAUCACGGAUAAAGCCAUUUCGGUCACAUUUCACCCAAAUGGAGAAGCAGAGCACCAUGGAAACAUUUUGUCAUGCUGUGGGUUGUGCUUUGGAUGAGGUUUCCAGACGGGUGGAGUUUGGACUGGCAUGUUCAUGCUUGUCAGAGGAGGUGUAUUCUAAAAUCAAAUCCCAGAUUAUUGUUAAUGCUGGUAUUCGGGAAGAAUCAAGUCUAAGAGAUGGUGGCGAUGAAUUUUCAAGUUUGGAUUCUUUUAAUCCUGUUAAUCUUGUGCAGUAUUUGAAAGAAUUAGCACCAACACCAUAUAGUGGAACUGAUCGACUUGAAUUUGUGAUUGCACGUGCCCAACUUUUGGCUUUGAACCGUCAUAAAGGUUUUUAUCAGCUGCCUGAAUUUAAAAUGCUUGGUGGGUUGUUGGAGAACGAUGUUAACAUUCUCUCAUCAGGGGAAAGCGAGGAUUCAGAUGAAGUGGUUGAGGAUUCUGUUCCAGGAUCCAAGGACAACGAGCUAGUUCCUUCUGGAAAAGGAAAAUCGAUUAAAGGUAAUUCUUCUCGUAAGCGUAAACAAAUCUCUGUAGAUGUUAUGUACCCAAGCAAAAAAGAGAAAAGCAUAUCGGACUUGAUGUCUGGGAGCCACACAAAAUUUUCAAAUGACGAGAAUAAGCCUAAAAGGAAAGCUGGCAGGAAGUCAAUAUCAUCUUCUGGUAAGAAACGGAAGGCAGUUGAAUCCAUAUCUGAUGACACGACACCGAACACCAGGAAGAGUCUUUUGUCAGCAGGUACUAGUAGGCCGUUUCGAAGAAUUGGAGAAAGCAUACGCAAGGCUGCAAGAGAGCUAGAUGUGUCAAGUCCAAUCUUCAAGCAUGGUUCAGAGAGAACUAGUGGGGAAAAAGGAAGCAAUGAAAAACCUCCCAAGCCUCAUUUAAGUGUUCCACCACACAGUUCCAAGGAAUCCAAGAGAAGAAAGGUCAUUCCUGCAGAGAACCCUCCUCCUGAUGAGAUGCUCUCACAGCUCUAUUUGGUUGCGAAAGAUCCUUUGAAAAGGUGCAGCUUCUUAAUUCAAGCAGUUGGUUUUUUCUCUGAUUUUAGGAAUUCAUUGUGCCUACAGAAUUCCAAUUCACAAAAACAAAAAAAGUCGACAGGGAAUGCAUCAGGUGAGCAGACUGGGAAACAGUCAUCUAAGUCAGAGACUACUGAAACAUUUGGGUUUGAGGGUAUGGAAGACUCUUAUUGGACUGACAGGAUUGUCCAAAAUAGCAAUGAAGAGCAAGUAUUAUUCGAACCUGAGACUCCAAAUGGUAAGAGUAUUUGUGCUGUUGAAACAGAUGCGCCUCUUCAGUCAAGUCUGAAAUCUGAUUCUAAACAGGGAAUUACCAUUAUGAAUCAUGAGUCGGGGGUGGGGAAACCAGCGGGUCACAUGGAUGGGAAAUUUGAGCAACAAAACUCUCCGACUGCACUAGUACUGAACUUUAUGGAUUUGGAUGCCGUUCCUUCAGAAAAAAAUCUGAAUAAGAUAUUUAGCCGCUAUGGACCUUUGAAUGAAUUGGAGACUGAAGUGCUGAAGAAGAGCAGCCGUGCUAAAGUGGUUUUUAAGAGACGUUCUGAUGCUGAAACUGCUUUCAGUAGUGCCGGUAAAUUCAGCAUUUUUGGGCCUUCACUUGUUAGUUACCGCCUUAACUAUUCACCUACACCGCGUAAAACUCCUACCUCCGCAAGAAAGGGGAGAAGAAAUGACGAUUCAACAUCUGUGGCAGGCAAUGAAGGUUGAUGAUUGAUGCAGAUAUGCAGAUCAGUUUUGAUGUUGAUCAUUAUGCACCUAUUUCCAUUUUUCAUCUACUUGAGAAAUCCAUGUUUCCCUUGGGUGGAGUCUGGUAGGGGUACAAUUGAUUGCAAAUAGGUAGGAUCAAGCAUUUGAAUUAGAUAUCUAUUUAGGACAGUACUAGAAUGUCAACUGUCAAUUUAAUCAAUAUUGUUAACCAUGUUUUUGCAUGUCGCAAGUAAGAACAUGAAAUUAUCAGUUGAUUAGGUGCAUUUGUGAACUCUUAUGUUGCCUAACAGAUUUUGUACUCUGUUUGACUGGGACCUGUCAAGAGCUUAGUUACCUUUUUCACAGAUAAAAAGUUUAGAUGUUGCUGCACAUUGGGACCAGUAAUUUAGAUUUUAUGCAGCAUGAAAUCGAGGCAUGCACGCGAUUCAGUUUGCUUUUUUUUUUUUUUUUGAUCUUUUCUGAUUAUAAAGUACAGGAGGAAUUACAUCAAUGGAGCCGUCAAAUUUUGUGGCAUUGCCUAUUUAUUAGAAGAGAACUGUCAGUGACGGUUGCAGCUGUGGCCGGCCUCUCAGCUGCUAAAUGAGGUGGGUUCCAUUUACAGUUGCCAUGCACCGGCAUUUCUCUUAUCAAAAUAUGCUUAAUAAUUCACAAGUUUCUGAAGUUUUUUUUCCUUCUUCCAAUAGACACUUGUAUUCACAUGUAAUCCAUUUUGGUCCUAAUCAAUCUAUUUGCGAUGCAGAACUUUUUUUGAUGAGUUAAUUUUAGUGUGGCUGGUUUUCUAAUGGUCAUGGUCUUGUUAUUAGAAUUUAUAUGGUCAGUGGCCUUUGUAUUCUUUAUUUGGUGUUGAUAUGAUGAAUAUUGCAUAUCAACUGGUUAUGUCUUGUUAUGAGAAUUUUAUUUCAAACA